AUGCAUUUGUCAAUGGAUACCUUGGGAAUGGUGAAUGACGGCUGCCUGUCACCAGACAACUACCAUGACAUGGUGAAGGGAGGGGGGUCUAGCGUAGGAGGCCGGGUCCACAGCAUCGAUGUGAUCCUGGGCUUCAGUAAGGACCAGGAACCCCUGCUCACCCCCGUGGGGGAUGUGGGGGCCCAUAAAGUGGACACAGAGGGCCUGGAGUACCAGGGGAAGCAGGUCCAGUCAGACCCAUACGGACAUCUCGCCAGCCUGGGGGACAUCACACAGCACUCUGCCUUCCACGGUCAGUACGAUGGUUGUUAUUGAUUGAUUGGUUCAAUUAAUUAAUUGAUAGAUUGCAUUAUUUAAUUUACAUAUACAGCCACAACACCAAUGUGCAUGCAUUGGUGCAAGCAGUGCAUGUGAGAUGACUUAUGUCAAUUUUUGUUGAUGUGAUAUUGAUGUGAUUCUAAAUAUUGGCACAAUCCCAUAGAGCAGGUCUAGUUUUAAAUUGCAUCAUUGGAUCUGACGUGUCACUAGAGACAAACUAUAAUAGUACAAGGAAAGUGUCAAUGGGGAGUUAAUGAGGAAUGUAUGUUGGUCACAGAUUGAGAAACAACAGUUUGACCAGUAAAGACUUUACAUUUUGUCCAGUAAAAUUAGUAGUCAGAAUGUUUGUUUAGAAUCUUUGAUCCAAGAUCAAAGGCAGUGACACACUGUGCUCGGGUUCUCAUUUUCGGCAAAGAUUCAGAGACUACAGUUUAUCACUGCAGUAAAGCCACAAUAUAUUGUUACUUGUUGUAAUGAGUAUUUUUCAUAACAUGACAUAACAAUUAUCCAUUACUGUAACAUUACAGCAUAUUAACUAAGCCAAUGAUCUGAUGAUAAUCUCAAUUGAUUUUGGAUUCAUUCAUUAACAAGCUCUAAUGGGAUCUACCAUCCAUCCAACUUCACCCAGUUUUCUUAGAAAAUAAGAUCUGGUACUUGGGCGGGUAGAGAAGCCAAGUAACGUCUUUGUGUGGAUUAGAGCUGGCCAGCCCAGGGCACAUGGGGACGCUCAGGUUUAACAGGUGGCAUCUGUCUCCAUGGGAUUACUGGGACAGAGGAAUGCAGUCAAAGACAUUAUGACGUCACCCGCAGAGACUCUCAGUGGAGAGGCCUGCAGCUUUGCAUUGCCUUUAUCCUCUGUUGCAAUAUCCAUCUUAAGUAGCAUGCUAGCUACCUAGAAUGAUGCAAUAUAAUGAACAUGUAUUCUAAGUGGUAUGGAUAUUGGAACUGUGGCUAAAUGCCAUGUGAUUGUGAAUUGUCUACCAUAGAUUAUGCAGAAGUUGCUGUCCAAAGUUGUGAAAUACACUAAUUCACAUCAAACACUAUAUUCACCUUGCACCAUUUCCACCAAAGGGAAACAAACUUUCUAACCACGUGAAAGCAAGACUUAGUAUGCCACAUUUGGUAAACAGAACUGGCACUGCCGGAUGAACCAAAAGGCUCAUGCAAUAGGCAUAUCUAAACAAACACUCCUCUCCUCUUCUACUGUCUUCCUUCAGAAUCAGGCCUUUUCUCCAGUGAUAAGUGUGAUGGGGACCUGGGAGAUCUCCAGAAGGGGAUGGACAGUGACGGGGAGAAGUCCCCGGAACCCCCAGAGGAGGACCACCCCAAGAAGAAGCACCGGCGUAACCGCACCACCUUCACCACCUACCAGCUCCACGAGCUGGAGAGGGCCUUCGAGAAGUCACACUACCCUGAUGUCUACAGCCGGGAGGAGCUGGCCAUGAAGGUCAACCUCCCUGAGGUCCGCGUGCAGGUAUGGAGCCUCUACUUCUACUACUACCAGUACCACUACUACACUUAUUAUAGUGUAUGGAGCCUCCGCCUAUCUAGUACUACUAUUACUCUUAUACAGUCCACUGUAAUUUUGAUAAUAAUGUAAACUUCUACUACUUCUCCUACUACCUAUGUACACUAAUCAUACUGUCCACUUUGAUUAUGAGGAGCUGGAAGCUAUCUAUAACGGAUACUACUACUAAUACUGUACUACACUAAUUAUACUGUCCAUUCUAAUUAUUAUAAUUCUAUAGUAAACUACUACCACUACCACUACUACUACUACGACUACUACAGCAGUCCCAUUCCGUCCAAUGGAUUCUGAUAAUACUACUACCAUUCUGUAAACUACUACUACCACUGCCACUGCCACUGCUGCUACUACUACUACUACUACUUCUACUUCUACUACUACUACUACUACUACUACUACUACUUCUACUACUACACACUCAUCAUACAGCCAGAUCCCCAUAGAAAAAUAGGUUUCUAACCUCAAGGGUUUUGUCCUGGUUAAAUACAAAGGUUGAAUCGAUAAAUACACUGCCCACUCCAAUAAGGAUAAUUCUGUACAGUACUGUUGACUAAUACUAGGCUACUGACUCUUCUACUGUUCACUCUUCUACUGCUCCUCCUACUACUACUUCAAAUACUAUUAUACCUACUAUUAUAAUACACUGUAGUGUACACUACUGAGUGCCUACUGUAGAAUAAUAAUGCUAUAUCAUCUCUGUCCGUGUCCAGGUUUGGUUCCAGAAUCGUCGGGCUAAAUGGCGACGUCAGGAGAAGAUGGACUCUAGCUGCACGAAGCUCUACGACUCUCCCAUGCUGUCCUUCAACCGGCCGCCCAUGUCCUCCAACUUGGGGCCCAUGUCUAACCCCUGGCUGACCUCUCCCAUGAAUAGUGCCACCCCCAUGAACACUAUUCCUGGCUACAUGGGCCCAGGGCAGGGCCCUCACCUCCAGCCUGCCUACCCUAGCCACUCCCACAGCCAAAGCUUCCUCAACAGCCCCCCAACAUAUGGCAUGGUGCACCAGGGGAAGGUACAGGGCAUGCAGUCAAUGGCCCCGUCACCCUACCAGUGUUCUCCCAGCUUCAACGAUAAGUACCCAAUCCAUGAGCAAGUGGAAUGUAGCUCCAGCAUCGCGGUGUUGAGGAUGAAGGCUAAGGAGCAUAUUGAGUCCAUGGAUAAAACCUGGCAGCACAUGUGA